CGGGCGUGCACCUGACGGAGUGAUCCUAGUUCAUCUGAGCCUCCGAUUUCACUCGAAAUGUGAUCGCCACUAUCUCUUCAUCCUCAGCCUCAUCGGCAACGCAAAGGGGAAAGGCUCAAGGGCAUCUGCGGACCGUCAGCGCUCCAUCGACGUACCGCUUGCGCACCUGUGCUAGUCUCGUUCUGACCAGCUUGCGGUCUCAUGUGCUGCAGAACAUCGUGCUCUUUGCAGCAUCACGCACACCGCGCCGCUUUCUGCUUUCCUCGGCCGCAUCCAUCAAUCGCAUGUCCUCGACAACUCCCAACGACCGUGACCGCUGAACGCAACCGGGGAGACGGCUCCCAGAGGGGCGGUACGCAGGAGUUGGAUGCACGAAUGGGCGGAGCACGAGUGUGCAUGGGGCUCAAGCUCACAGGUGCGUUUCUCGCGGUCUGCGCUUCCUCCUGCUGUCCGCCGUCUCAACAAAUCGCGCCGCGGAUGCUUUGGAAGAUUGUGCGCCUGCCUCACUUACACUCAGCACAUUUUACGGCGCUCUCAUGGGGCCGAUCGCGCACCCUCAACGCCCAACGAUCGACUUCCGGUGACCGGAUCGAUUCAAAUGCAUUGGCGUUUGGGACACCGUGAGCUCUGUUGGUCUCAUUCCCCGCAGUACAGGCUGCCGAUCACCGCUUCAAACGCCAUCUUCUGCACAUUCCGGCACUCGGUCUCGCUCAACGAGUGCCGGGCCAAGUUCAAGCCCAACCUGUGGAACCGGCCCAAUGACCGCGAGCGCCUGCUCAGCAUCACGGACCAGCAGAUUCAGCGGCACCACCACCACCACGACCGGGGCGGCAACUACGCGCACGUAAACGGCAGGCGAAUGCGCGCACAGAAGCGGAUCGAGCAGCAUUACUCGCAGGACAGGACAAAGGAGACGGACAUCGACGAGGUCUGGUUUGCCGGGUGCGACUGCGGUGCGUCUUUGCCCCGAGUCACGUUGACCCAGCGCUCUGAUCACAGUGUUUUCUUGGUGCAGACUCACGUCGGCGGCGGCUCGGUGGACAACAAGACGACGACGAUUCCGGCGCGCAUCCCGCUGCUAGAGUUACGGACUAACGCAGGAAGGGCUUGCUCAGCUUGGCGAAGCCGUGGAGAGGGCGAAGUCCGGGAUUGUCAGCACCGGUGUCAGCACGGGGACUGGCCCUUUCUUCAGCUCGUCAUCUCCGCUCCAGACCCCCAUCGUGGAAGGGCCUUUCGAGGAGUUCCCAGGGCCUCUUGCAGCAACGCCGUCCACUUUCCGUCCUCUGAGGCCACUCCCACGACCCCCGAGUCUUCCUCGUGCGGAUUCAAUCUGACUUUCGUCGCAUAAACCUCGAACCGGCCAUGAAGAAGCUCUCACGCCAUCCAAUGAUUAUGUGUCUGCACUUUCGGCCGUGCCGUAUUUGCACAUCAUCG